UUUAUCGGCAGCCAUCUUCUUGGGGGUGCUGGGAGCCGGGAAGACCCCCCGAAUCGUUCCCAUUGAGCUGCCCUUCGUCUUCGCUUUCUUCACUUUUGCCUGUUCUGCGUUGCCAACACCACCUGAUCCCGAGGCUGAGUGAAAGCCCGGAUCUAGGCGCGUGUCGCGCUCCCGGUUCAAGAUUUGCUCGGGUGGAGGGAAGGGGGAGGGCCCGGGCAAACCGUUGCUGCCUCAGUCGGGGUCCGGGGACGGGGAGCUCCUGGCACCCCGUGGAUUCGCGGCCUGCGACGGUACCCGCAGAGCUGUUCGCUGAUCGGGGCUCGCGGGAACCUGCCACCGGCGCCUCCCACCGCGGCCCACGCGGGAGGCGCGCGGAGGAGGGGGCGGGGGCAGCGGCGGCUGUAGCGGCCGCGACCUGGGCGGGCAGAGGAGUGUGACGGGCCUCGGGGCCGCUGUGGAUGGUUUCUAAAAUGAUCAUUGAAAACUUCGAGGCACUCAAGUCCUGGCUCAGCAAGACUCUCGAGCCCAUUUGUGAUGCAGAUCCAUCAGCCCUAGCGAAAUAUGUUCUCGCUUUGGUAAAGAAAGACAAAAGUGAGAAAGAGUUAAAGGCAUUAUGUAUUGAUCAACUGGAUGUAUUUCUUCAAAAAGAGACACAGAUAUUUGUGGAAAAGCUUUUUGAUGCUGUGAAUACAAAGAGUUACCUACCUCCUCCAGAGCAGCCAUCAUCAGGAAGCUUAAAGGUAGAAUUUUUUCAGCACCAAGAAAAAGAUAUUAAAAAAGAAGAGAUCACAAAGGAGGAAGAGCGAGAGAAGAAGUUUUCCAGAAGGCUAAAUCAUAGUCCUCCCCAGUCAAGUUCCCGAUACAGAGAAAAUAGAAGUCGUGAUGAGAGGAAAAAAGAUGAUCGUUCUCGCAAAAGAGAUUAUGAUCGAAACCCUCCUCGGAGAGAUUCAUACAGAGACCGGUACAAUAGAAGACGAGGCCGAAGUCGCAGUUACAGCAGGAGUCGGAGUCGAAGCUGGAGUAAAGAGAGGCUUCGUGACCGGGAUAGGGAUAGAAGCAGGACUAGAAGCAGAAGCAGAACACGAAGCCGGGAAAGGGAUCUAGUAAAACCUAAAUAUGACCUGGAUAGAACAGAUCCACUAGAAAACAAUUAUACUCCUGUCUCUUCGGUACCAAAUAUUUCGUCUGGUCACUACCCUGUACCUACUUUGAGCAGCACUAUUACAGUAAUUGCUCCUACUCAUCAUGGCAAUAACACUACCGAAAGUUGGUCUGAAUUUCAUGAGGACCAAGUGGACCAUAACUCCUAUGUAAGACCACCAAUGCCAAAGAAACGGUGUAGAGACUAUGAUGAAAAGGGUUUCUGUAUGAGAGGAGACAUGUGCCCUUUUGACCAUGGAAGUGACCCUGUAGUUGUAGAAGAUGUGAAUCUUCCUGGCAUGCUGCCUUUCCCAGCACAGCCGCCAGUUGUUGAAGGACCACCUCCUCCUGGACUUCCCCCACCUCCACCAAUUCUUACACCUCCACCUGUGAAUCUGAGACCCCCAGUGCCUCCGCCAGGCCCAUUACCACCCAGCCUACCACCUGUCACAGAUGAUAUUUCUUAUUCUUUGGUUUUGACAGGACCACCACCUCCACUUCCUCCUUUGCAGCCAUCUGGCAUGGAUGCUCCCCCAAACUCUGCAACCAGUUCUGUUCCUACUGUAGUAACAACUGGCAUUCAUCACCAGCCUCCUCCUGCUCCACCCUCUCUUUUUACUGCAGUUUUUGUAUUACCAGAUACAUAUGACACAGAUGGCUACAAUCCUGAAGCCCCAAGCAUAACAAACACUUCCAGACCUAUGUAUAGACACAGAGUGCACGCACAAAGGCCUAACUUGAUAGGACUAACAUCAGGGGAUAUGGAUUUGCCACCCAGAGAAAAACCUCCUAAUAAAAGCAGUAUGAGGAUAGUAGUGGAUUCGGAAUCAAGGAAAAGAACCAUUGGUUCCGGGGAGCCUGGAGCUCCUACAAAGAAGACCUGGUUUGAUAAGCCAAAUUUUAAUAGAACAAACAGCCCAGGCUUCCAGAAGAAGGUUCAGUUUGGAAAUGAAAACACCAAACUUGAACUUAGAAAAGUUCCUCCAGAAUUAAAUAAUAUCAGCAAACUUAAUGAACAUUUUAGUCGAUUUGGAACCUUGGUUAACUUACAGGUUGCUUAUAAUGGUGAUCCUGAAGGUGCCCUUAUCCAAUUUGCAACAUAUGAAGAAGCAAAGAAAGCUAUAUCAAGUACAGAAGCAGUACUAAACAAUCGCUUUAUUAAGGUUUAUUGGCACAGAGAAGGAAGUACCCAGCAGUUGCAAACUACUUCUCCAAAGGUAAUGCAGCCCUUAGUCCAGCAGCCCAUUUUGCCUGUUGUGAAGCAGUCAGUUAAAGAGCGAUUGGGUCCGGUACCUUCAAAUACUAUUGAACCAGCAGAAGCACAGAGUGCCAGUUCAGACCUUCCUCAGAAUGUAACUAAGUUAUCUGUGAAGGACAGGUUGGGUUUUGUAUCAAAGCCAUCUGUUUCAGCAACUGAAAAGGUGUUGUCUACAUCUACUGGCCUAACUAAAACAGUAUAUAAUCCAGCUGCUUUGAAGGCUGCGCAGAAAACCUUACUUGUUUCCACCUCUGCAGUUGAUAAUAAUGAAGCACAGAAAAAAAAGCAGGAGGCACUGAAACUUCAGCAAGAUGUAAGGAAAAGGAAACAAGAAAUUUUAGAAAAGCACAUUGAAACACAGAAGAUGUUAAUUUCAAAACUGGAGAAAAACAAAUCAAUGAAGUCUGAAGAUAAAGCAGAAAUAAUGAAAACUUUAGAGGUUUUGACCAAAAAUAUUACCAAAUUGAAAGAUGAAGUCAAAGCUGUUUCUCCUGGACGCUGUCUUCCAAAAAGUAUAAAAACCAAGACUCAGAUGCAGAAAGAAUUGCUUGAUACAGAAUUGGAUUUAUAUAAGAAGAUGCAAGCUGGAGAAGAAGUCACUGAACUUAGGAGAAAGUAUACAGAAUUACAGCUGGAAGCUGCAAAACGAGGGAUCCUUUCAUCUGGUCGGGGUAGAGGAAUUCACUCAAGAGGUCGAGGUGCAGCUCAUGGCCGAGGCAGGGGUCGAGGUCGAGGUCGAGGUGUGCCUGGUCAUGCCGUGGUGGAUCAUCGUCCCAGGGCAUUGGAGAUUUCUGCGUUUACAGAGAGUGAUAGAGAAGAUCUUCUUCCUCAUUUUGCGCAAUAUGGUGAAAUUGAAGAUUGUCAGAUUGAUGACUCUUCACUUCAUGCAGUAAUUACAUUCAAGACAAGAGCAGAAGCUGAAGCAGCUGCAGUUCAUGGAGCUCGUUUCAAAGGGCAGGAUCUAAAACUGGCAUGGAAUAAACCAAUAACUAAUAUUUCAGCUGUUGAAACAGAAGAAGUUGAACCUGAUGAAGAGGAACAGAGAGAGAUCAUCAUUGCCUGAAUUUAGCUUUGUGACUACAACAGCAAGACCUGUUCCUGUCUGGAGACGACUGUUAUAAUAUCAUCCUAUCAUUUUAUGUUUGCUCUUUAUCAAUUUGAAUAGAUGUUUACAUGUACUAUAAUUCGCAUUUUGUCUUUUCACAGUUCUCUAAUUGCUACACCUGAGUCCAGAAGUAUGUCUGAGUGUGUGCUUUGUCUGACCUUGCUCUUAAACGUCUUCUCCCCUUACUUUAUAGCCAUUUAGUUUUUAAACACUAAGAAGGAAAAAACACUUGGCUUCCUAAUACGAGAUAAGUUCAGUCUCAGCCAAGUUGAAAAUUGUGUCUAGGAAAUCUAUAAAGCCAUGAUAUUGUGUUCAUUAGCACGAACAAUUUAGAAUGAAGAAAAUGAUUAAACAGUUAAGCAUCAGUCUGUUUUUAAUUUUUCUGGGUUUUAGGAUACAUUUCUGGGGUUAGGAUAGUCACUUAAAUAAUUUUGAACAGAUGCUAAAAUACUUUUUUAUACACUGUAAUAACUUGCCUAUUUCUUCUAAAUAUACUUAACUGAAAUUGUUGCCAAGGCCACUUAUCCAAAUAAUUUUUUUAAAAAGUUUCUUAGCUCUUCAAAGCCAACAAGGAGAAUAAUUUUCUUUUCAAGUCAUACAGGAUGAUCUGUGGAUUAUAAAUAUUGAGAAAUAUCUAUUAAAUGUCUAAUUUACACAGUUUUUCCAUAUUUUCCUCACUUGCAAUCAAGACAUCAAAGACAAUCUUAAAAGCAAGGGGAAAUUGUGUUGUAUGUCUAACGUUGUUUAAAAGGUGUAUGUUCAUAAUAUUUAUUUAUAAGCAGUAUGGGUUAGAAUUAUUUAUAAAGAGUGUGAUUAAAUCUGAUCCUAAAUAUUCACCCCAAAUACCUUUUUUAUAGUGAGCAUCAUAUGAAGCUUUCAGAAAAUUAAUUUGCGUAUUCCUUCAUAGAUUCUCAUGAGGCAUUUGAGAAGUUGGAAAGUUACACUUGAUUAGAAAAGCCCAAUUAUACUUGAUUCUAUUCAUCCUUGUUUUUUUAGUUUCUUUAAGCCAUGCUCAUAUUUUCACUUUUUUUUGUGUGCAGUUGACUGUUCUGCAAACACUUUUUACUUGAGUGUGCAGUGCAUUUGUCUUCAUGAAAAAUAAAAAGAAUGAACACAUCAAUCAUAAUGUAAAUUAUUUUGAUCCACAUUAGUUGAUAAUUGCUUUGGUAAUAUUAGGUUUGUGUUUAAAGGCAAAGUACAUAUAUUUCGGAAGGUCUUCUAAUAUAAUUAUGACCUAGUAGCAUACAGGACAUUUUUAAAAUUAGACUUUUGUUUUAGUUCAUAUUCGCAAACUAGCAUAUAGCCACAAGGAGUUCAAAGAUACUUUCCCUAGUUAGUUCAGUAUUUUUUCUUUUCAAGGAAAGAAGAUUCUCUUCCCUGAUGGUAGUGACUUACUUGCUAGGUUAGAAACCCAAAGAACAUAGACUGAAGAGAGACCAUACUUGUUAACAGUUUUGAUUGGUUCUUGGAUGCGGACUACAUACCAGCACCCUCAAAUUACUUUGUCAUCUUUCUUUUUCUUUCCCUUGCUUUUAAAUUAAAAAACAAAAUAAAGCAAAGCAAAAUUAAACAUGCCAUUGGGAAUCAGAAGUCGAGAUGAUUUGACUCUCAGCAAGAUCAUUGUACUUUUUGAAAAUUUCUAUGAGAGCCAAUAGGUCAGUUACAUAUUUAAAUUUCUAUGUGUUUAUUAAUUAAAGAUAAGGAUUUUCAUUAUUUUGUUUUCCUGAAUAGAAUUCUCAUGGAGCUAUGUGUAGAUAACUGUACAGAAUCACUUUUGUGUAAUUGAAUGAAGUGGUUUACCUCUGCAUGAUUGCAUUAUGGAAGCCUUUUAUAUAUCUUUAUAUUUUUCAAUAUACUUAGAUUUUACACUAUUAGCAGCUCUAGUCAUGCUAUAUUUGUUUUUUUUAAAUAGAGUUUAUAAAUAUUUAUGCUCAAAAUACAGAUCAACUGAAUAUUUUUGGUCUUGUUUACAAGAUAAAUAAUACUUUAAAGUGAUGCAGCCCCUCAAGUGUCUUAGGAAAAAGUUAUUGGUGCUAAAAAACCUUUCAAUAUCAUUUUUGAACCUGUUAUCUAGACUUCGCUAGGCUUUAAUGUAUGAUCACUUGUGACUUACUCUAAUCUAGCAGCAUAAAGUGAUCUGUGGUAAGUCAGGUAAAGAGCCCAGCCUGUUAGAAUUUAAAAAUAUGAUACAGAAUUACAGUACACUUAUUUGUGCCCAGCUUCCAAAAAAGAAAGUAGUUUCUUCAGUUUGUCAUUAGCUCUUUCGAUAAGAGGAAUUUGAAUCUGGCUAGAAUUAAAAAAAAAAAAAAAAAAAAGAUACAUUCAGCAUGGCUCAGUUAUUCCAAAUUUCAAGUGGAAAACUUUUCUAGUCCUAAAGAUAUGGUGUAAUCCUGCUCUGCUUCAAAUUCCCAUCUGUCUUUAACUGAACAGGAGGCGGCAGGGUAUUCUUACAUAAUAAUAGAACAUUCGAUGAGUUGUAAAGGGAUGUAUUUACGUUCUACAAGUGUUGCGUUGAUGUGUAGAUUGUUUUCUACAUCUAGAAGACUUCAUUCCAGCACCUUAGUGAAUGUUCUUAAGAUACAGUUUUUAAGUAUCAACAAAGCAUUCAUAGAUGUUUACUUUUGAUUCUCAGAAUCCUGAAUCUGUUUUGGAUGUGAUAUUACUUCAGAACAUGUUAUCUGGCACAAGAUUUCCUUUAAUAAAUGGUUUAGUUCUACUCAAUUUCUGUGGAUUGUUGAACCUAAAAACACCAAAGGAGUCUUUUCUUGUCUGGAGACUGGAUUGUUCCAGUUUUUAAUACCUGUGCCCAUAAGUAUCCCAUUUCACGAAUGUGUGUUGGCAUGGGGAAAAAGUUCCCUGCUCUUUGAGUGGAGCGAAAGUAAUUGGUUAAGCUGUAGCAGCUUUUUUUUGGUUUAUUUUUCAAAGUGAUAAUAAAACUUGAAAAAGGUAAAACUUGAACUAGAAAACUACUCUUGUAUGCUUAGAAUGUUUAUAGUAUUACAUGUUUAUGUGGGGUUGUCAACAUUUUUAUUAUUUAUAGUUGAAUUAUGUUGUUUUGUUUGUUAAAUAU